AUGGAUCAUGACAUGGAGCAAAAUAUAGACGAUACGGAGCAAAGGAUCCGGGAGAUUGAAGGGGAGCAGGACAAGCUCAAAUCCCAGCUCGCCGAGAGGGAUGGAACAGUGAAGGGGCUGGAGAGCAGCAACCAAGAGCUUCAGGCUCGACUGGACCAGGCCCUCGCCGGACUGCAGAGCGAAACGUCCGCGAGAGAGGCUGCCGAGGGCAAGGCCCGGGAGGCUGCCAAGGUUCUCGAGGAGAAGGAGGCGGCGGUGGCUAGGGUUGACCAGCUCACGCGCCAGGCCGCUGCCCAGGGGGACUCGUACGGUGUUCUGGGACAGGCUGCGGACCUCGAGCGGGAGCUGGACGAGCGCACCAAGGCCCUGGCGGCUUACAGGGGCGAGAAGUCUCAAGAGCUCAUGGCGGCAUUGCAGAAGGCGACCGUGAUGGAGAAGAAGUCGGAGGACGAGGCGCGAAAGUCAGGGGAAGCGACCAGGGCUGCCGACAGUCUCCGGACGAGGCGAGCCUGA